AUGGCACGCGCGACCCGCAACUCCAAGGCCGCCCCGGCUGUCUCCAGCCCGCCUGCCCGUCGCACGCGCUCCAAGCUCAAGGAGAAAGACGCGACUUCCAACAACAACAACCCUACUUCAUCAUCAUCUCAGCCCGCCGACAACGCGGUCCCCCCCAUUGACCCGACUCCCGCCGCUGCCCAGAAGGCACCAACCGCCAAAAAGACAACUGGCAAGACCAAGCCUUCCGCCGCGGCCAAGGCAUCUGACAAGGCUUCCGUCCCGACAUCCACGACUGCGGCCUCGUCAUCCAAGGCUUCGCUCCCCGCAACCACGGCUUCGGCCACCCACAACAACACCACAUCCGAAGACUCAGACAACACCGCGCCGGCACGAAAGGCUACGGGUAAGCGUUCGAGGCGUCAGCCCACCGUCGAUCGCAACGCGAAGAACAAAGUCACCAAGUCACGCGCGCGCAAGCCUGCCACGAAGACUUCCGCUACCGCGAAGAAGGCCCUCGAGCAGCACGUUGAAGAAGAGGACGCCGCCGCAACCCCCGCUCGCCCGGCACCCGCUCGCCGCACUCGUGCGGCUCUGAGAGCCGGCAUCGCAUCUCCCCUUGCUCCAGUGUCUGAGAACAUCAACACCAAGACUCGCCAGACCCGCUCCAAGAAGAACCUUAAAGAUGCCACCCCUCUGAGCAUCAUUGAAAACGAGAACGAUCCCAAGGAUCCUGACGAUUGGUUCGCCGAAGUCCAGCAGGAACCUCGUAUCUAUCGCGAUCCCGGCGCAAGCAUGGAAGAAAUCUCUGAACGCGAGGAUACCGCCAUGGCGGAGAAUGAUGAUAUCGUGGAACAUGACACUGCAAGCUCCGAUGCGGAUGAAGCCAUGGGCGGCGACGUCGAAAUGGUCGCUGAGGAGACUGAGCAUGACGCUUCGGAGACCGAGGAAGACAUGGCUGAUGACGAAGUGGAGCGUCCUCAAACACCCGAAGCGGCGCCUCUGCAACUGGAAGCCCCCACUACCGCGCGUUCCUUCGGCUUUACCAACCUUUUCUUCAACCCGUUCUCGACCGUGAAGAAGCUCUUGACCCGCACCCCAGCAGCUAUGGAGUCUCAGUCACCUGUGGCGAUGUCCCCGGAAUCUCCGACCAUUGCUUCGCCCAGUAAUGCCGCGCAGGAGCGAAGGACUCGUAACAGGAACGCUCGCUACACUCCACGUGAGACUAACGCCGAUAAGAGGCAUGGCAUCGCGGAGAAAAACCAGGAACGCCAGCGCAUUAACCAGCUUGAGGCCCAGCUGCGUGAGAGGGAACGCGAAAUCGAGGAAAUGCGCCGCCAGACCGAGCUGCAGAAGCUGAAGGAGCAGAAGGAAGCGGAGCAGAUUCCGGGUCAGAAGCGGCGCCGCUCCAGCCCGACCGUCAUCCCCGCUCGUCGUCCUGGUGAGAAGGGUAGCUUCGGAAUGGUCGACGAGUACUUCAACUACGAGGAACCAACCCCCGACGCCCGCGUGAAGAGGCGCCGAACCAAGAUGCCGUCUCCGGCCGAUGACUCGAGUGAUGACGAGUAUGACUUCGUUCACCUUCCCAUGGACCACACGCCUCCGAGCUUGAAGCGCCCGCGCAAUGGCUACCGCAUGGCUGUUAUAAAGGACGGUUACGAAGACCCGCUGCAGGCCAACCACGAUCUCCGCGUCAUGCACCAGGAGAACAGCUUCAGCAAGAGCCCGCUUCGCGACAGCCUUGGCACGGGCAACAAGACUUCUCCUCACAUCAAGAAGUCAUCGCCAUCGACCAUCUACAAUGGGUCUCUCAUGGCCAUGCCUGGAGAUCCUGGCUACAAGCCUGAGAACGUAUUCAGGAAGUCGGAGCAGCAACUCCAACAGCAAAGUUCUCCCAAGAAGGAUGGCAAGAUGGAUUCUGCCGAGCUCAAGGCUCGGGCCGAGGAAAUCGUCAAGAAGGAGAAGAAUGGUGAAAGCAUCACCGACGAAGAGCGUCAGCUCUUGGAGAAGGCCCAGCGCAAGUUUGGCCACAUUGCAGGCAGCGGCAGCUUCAGUGCCCCAGAGUAUGAUAGCGACGACUCUUCGAUCAUGUCCGACGACUUGGAGGAGCCCAUCUCGCCUGAGCGCAACCCCCCGGUCUCCACUCCUCCUUCUGCCAAGGCCUCCGCCGCUGAGCCUACCAACAAGUCGGACAACAUGAAGCCUCCCCCGCCUCCUGUGCCGGCCCAUGCCCAGCUCCCUCAAAGCAAGCCUGCCACCAACGACAAUGCCAUUCCCAAGGCGCUGGCUGCGGUUUCCGGUGCUACUCCGAAGGCAGGUCACAGCGCUGCCCUGGCACGCCAGCGCGAGCUAGCCGAGAAGCACAAGCCCAAGACGGGAUCGCGUCUCCAGUACGUCAGCGGUGUUUCGUCGUCUCCGGGUGCUCCGUCGAGCCCUGAUGUCGAGAACAACAUGGAGUCGUCCCUCAUCACGCAGGGCAUGAGCACGCCGGCCGGCAACGUCGACGCCGAGUCGUUCAGCAUUUACGACUCACUCGCCGAGGAGGCUAAGGAGAAGUACGGUUCCUUGGAGGAGGCCUUCUUCUUGAUGGCGAAGGCCGAAGAUGAGAAUGAGAGGAAGGAGCGUGACGAGAAGGAGUUUGCGGAGUACGACCGUCAGGUCCAGCAGCUUCGCGCUCGUGGCUUCUAA